GCGGAAGUGGAGUGUCGUCCCGCCUUCCGGCAUCUGAACUUUCACUGCUCUCCACGUCGAGAUGGACUGGGAGGAAAACGCUCAUGGUCACGACUGUCACCACGGACAUUCGGGACAUGCAGGACAUUCUCACAGUCACGGGCCCAGAGCGGCGGCAUUUGGCGGGAUGACGCACCUCUUCCCACCUGCUUAUGGUCAGUUAGGCAAACUCAUGGAUCCCACGACGGACAUCAGUCAGCAGCCGAAGAAACGGUCGCACCUGGACGACAGUAGCAGCUGGGACAUCGUGAAGGCAACCCAGUUCGGCAUCCUGGAGCGCUGUCAGGAGCUGGUGGACGCGGGAUACGACGUCAGGCAGCCGGACAAAGAGAACGUCAGCCUGCUGCACUGGGCCGCCAUAAACAACCGCUCAGAGCUGGUCAAGUAUUACAUGUCCAAAGGGGCGAUAAUUGACCAGCUGGGUGGAGACCUCAACUCCACUCCUCUCCACUGGGCAAUAAGGCAGGGCCACCUGCCCAUGGUGAUUCAGCUGAUGAGACACGGCGCCGACCCCUCCGUCGCAGAUGGAGAAGGUUACCGUGGGCUGCACCUUGCCAUCCUCUUCCAGCACAUGGCCAUCGCAGCGUAUCUCAUGGCUAAGGGACUGGAAGUCGACGGCCCCGACUGUAACGGACAGACGCCGCUCAUGUUGGCAGCCCAGAAGAUUAUUGGACCUGAACCCACAAACUUUCUGAUCAAGAACAACGCGUCGGUGAGCGCCGUGGACAAGGUGAACAGGAACACGCCGCUGCACUGCGCCGUGCUGGCAGGAAACGUAGAUGCCGCCCACAUCCUGCUGGAGGCCGGGGCCAGCGUGGACGCUGAGAACAUUAACGGUCACACGCCCAUCGACCUGGCCCACCAGGUCCACAGCCCGUUGCUCAUCCACAUGCUCAACCACGUCAAGCAGGAGAGGAUUCGCUCCAACUCCCGCUGCCUGCGCAUUGUCAACAGAUACAGGGUUUUUGUGCAGUUCUUGUUCUGCACUGCCAUAUUCGGGUGCAUCGGUGCUAUACUUGACAUGAACUCAGAGUCCUGGUUACUCAAGACAAUCCUUUUGGCCUGCGUUAUAGGCGUGAUCAACCUGGUCUCGAGGAAUUUCCCAAACCCGGCCCUCCAGUCCCUCCUACCGGCUUCGGCUCUCAUGGCUUCAGUCUUCUGGAUGCUCGUCACCUGGUGCCUCUGGUUUCUUCCAGAUGGGCCCAGCGCCACGGUGCAGGUGCUGUUCACGCUGAACGCCACCGCGCUGCUCUACUACUACCUUCGCACCUGCAGGACCGACCCCGGCUUCAUCAAGACCACCGAAGAGAAGAAGAAGAUGAACGUUCUGGUGCUGGCCGAAGCCGGGUUUCUGGAUCACAGGAUAUUCUGCACCACUUGCAUGGUCCGGAGACCGGUGCGAGCAAGUCACUGCUUCAGCUGUGACGCGUGUGUGGCCAAGCAGGACCACCACUCCAUCUGGACCAACACCUGCAUCGGCGCCAGGAACCAUCACUACUUCAUCCUCUUCCUGCUCUCCCUGGUGCUGAUGGGCGGCUGGAUGCUGUACGGUUGUCUGGCGUACUGGUCCGCCCACUGUGUGCUGCGUUACAAGGAGGAGGGUGUGUGGGCCGCCGUCUCGGGCCUGGUCAGCUGCUCUCCCUGGGUGGUCAGCGUCUUCCUGCUGGCGCUCUACCACACCUGCUGGUCGGCUGUCAUCCUGCUGCUGCAGCUCUACCAGAUUGCAUUCCUGGGAAUAACCACCGCAGAGCGAUCGACUCUGAUCCUCCAGCAGAGUAAACUCAGACAAUCCGUCUCGCUGAGACAGAAUCCAUUCAACCUGGGCGUGGUCCAGAACCUGGCGGCGUUCUUCCAGCUGCGCUGCUGCGGCCUCUUCAAGCCCAACAUCGUGGACUGGACGCAGCAGUUCCCGCCCCACCGAGACCAGUACCUGUUUGAACAGACCAACGUGGUGUGACCCCCCCCCCAUCCUCCUCCACCCACUCUCAGGACCAGACUGGUUGCAGACCAAAAGUACAGAAUGUAUUUAUUUAUUUUUCAGUUUCUUCUCCUGGCUCCUUGUAAAGAGAGAUGAUGGAAGUUUGGAAAACACAGAACAGCGUUUGGAUAUCGUUUGUUUCCUCUUUGUACCGACUGCUGCUGCUGCCUUAUACUGGACCGGUGUACGGAAAGGGAAAAAUCCUGAAGUCUUCUUUGCUUGAGAGAAGGACCUUCAAAGGUCUCAAUUGUAAAUGACGUUUUAUUUUGUUUUUAUAAAGACGUAAAGCCUAUUUUUAUCAGCUGUUCUGGGAAAACAGAAGAAUUUUUGUUUGUAUAAAGGGUUGGUUUUAUGACUUUUGUAAAAGUUGCAUGUGUUUGGAAACAAAUGACCACUAUAACACCUCAAUAAAUCUCGUGCCUGUCUCCGUA